AUGGACGCAUCGUCGGGCUUGGUCAGCCCCAUGUCACUCAAGUUCGCCCAGGGUGCCGGCGGGGGCCUGGACGAUGGCGGGCCGCCGUCCCCGUUCCUGAUGGGCGGAGUGCCUUCCAGUCCCUCGCCCGACGACAAGGGCCGCUCGGCGGGCGUCGGCGGCACCACGACCGGAGGCGUGGGUCCCCUGCUGCCCACGGCACAGCCCGCCGGUUUCCCCCUGCUCGGUGGCAAGCAGCCCGGCGGCUUCCCCCUGUCCCUGCUGUACGGGCAGCCCUCGUCGUACCUGCUCGUGGGAUCGGCGCCCUUCAUGCCGCUGCCGCCGCAGGGGGACCUCUCGCGGGGGCUGCUGUUCCCGCCCCUGCACGCGGGAUUCGACCCACUCGCCAAGGUACUCCAGGCCGAGCGCAUGGCGUCGUGCCUCGACCUGGCGGCCCGCUCGUACGCGCACCAGCAAGCCGCGGCCGCCCACCAGCGAGCCGGAGCCAACAAGGGCGGCUCGUCCCCGCACGACGUGAGGAACUCUUUGCUGGGCGCCCCGACGUUGCCCUUUCCCCCGGGACUCCACGACCGGUGGCGGUCUCCGCACCACGUGUCGGACCUGCUGUCCUCGUCCGGAGACAACGCGGCGUCUCCGCCAUCGCCCUUCGGAACGGACCGCAGCGGCUCGCCCGCCAAGGGGCUGGACCUCAAGAGGACGGACCACCUGAGCGGCCCCCUCGGUUCUCCGAAGUGGACACUGGGCCAGGCGACCAGCUGUCCCGUUUGUGGGAUCACGUUGGCGCAAGCGCAGAUGGCCGACCACUUCCAGCUCGAGAUGGACAAGCUCGCAGACUUCUACAGUUGUCGCCGGUGGGUCGACCGGACACACGAGGACAGCUUGCCACUGCAACCGGAACCCCAAUCUGCCUGUCGGACAGCCUACGAGGCCGGCAAGCGAUCGCCCCUGUCUCGGUGGGAGACCUACCUCAAGGUCCGCGGUAACCGUCACCAGCGACUGAAUGCGCUGUGUGGUCGCCGUCGUCGAGCCGAGCUCCCGCUGGACCUACAGUCGGCGGACUGCGGUUCUCCACCGGGUACGCCGAGGAGUCGAGGUCCACCUCCGCCGCUCAAGGUCGAGCUGUCGGAUGCCUCCUACGAGUCAGCCGAGCGUUGCCGAUCGGGAUCUCCGGGAGGAGGAGGAGGCAAGGAUCCCCAGUCGCCGUCGGGAGUUCGGGAUCGAACGGGGAGUGCCGACGGGACCACCGAAUCUCGAGGCGGCGGCGGCGAGCAGUCGUCCGCAGGGCGCGACGGGUCCCCUUCGUCGUCGGGCGCGGGAGCCGGUGUCGGAAGCAGUAGCGAAACGCCCUGCACUGAAGAUGGUCAAGCGGCCGAUGAGAGAAGCGCAAGUGCGGACGAAACAGUCAGGUGGAAGUGCGUCAUUUGCUCGGGUCCGUACACAACUCCGUUGGUCUCCGUAUGUUGUUGGCACGUCCACUGCGAACGCUGCUGGCUUCAGACUCUGGGUGCGAAGAGGCUCUGCCCGCAGUGCGACGCGGUCACGUGCCCGUCCGACCUGCGCAAGAUCCACCUCUAGGGGGCGCCACGUACCACGCUCCGCUUCCCUCUCGUCUCCGACGGGCCGGGCAUCGACGCGUCCACGUGAAGCGCCAUCCUUCGUACGUCACCGGCGCGGAGACGGCCGCCGGCCAAUGAGCGAGCUUGGCGUCUCUCAACGACGAAGUGCAAUGGUUCUUGCCGCGACGCAGCCGUGGGUCUCACUGCGGGCUGUUCGCGGCAUCAGAGCGAGAUUUAGUCACAAUGGAGAGAUGUCGGGUGUUCUGCGCACCGAGAAGUGGCGAUUCAAGACGCGUGGUUGGCUUCUCGACUUCACUGCGGAUCUGCGCAUCAGUUGUCCAGGAGGUAGAGACAGCUUGCCUGGGCUCAAAGAUAGCUCACGAUUGUUACCGUCUGUCCAGAAAAAGAAUAUGACUGCCCAGAUAACACGUAAUCCUGUUUGCACGGAAUUGUUGCGAUUGCGGGAGCAGCGAUCUUCCCGAUACACCGCGGAUGCAGAUUCUGCGAUGAAAUCUUCUUCCUCGUUUUGAAUCCUUUAUUGCCGACAAAGCUUCCAGGCAGUCAAAGAUACUUGCUACUGCGUGGCGUAGUAGCUUAAAGGUCGGAUUCCGUAUUUACGAAAAUUUGAAGCUUGUAUGUUGCGUUGUGCGGUCUCGGGACUUGCUAACGCGAAGAAACCGUAAAGUGCAUUACAAGAAUCUCGCGGAUACCCAAGGAAUCCUCUUAAGAAACGAUGCGAAUAAUUUAAAGCUCGCUGUAGGAACAGCAGGAGCUUUCGUUUAUUCUAUACUACCUUUGCCUUCUGAUUAUCUUUUGUACGAAGCAAGGGGAAUUCGUACAUAUUCAGAAUUAAUUCGUUAAUGAAAACUGUCCAGCAAGUCCGAGAAAGGACACGACCCGUCAGGACCAUCGCCAACUUACCUGUGCGCAGAAGAACCCGACGAACAUUUUAGCGUUGGACAAGGAGCUGCUAGAUGGCGGGCGUUGCGAAAAGAAGGGGGUUUGUCACGUGACCCCCCCGUUUGCAGACUCCUUUGUACUUCUCCUUUACUGAGGACACUCCACUUCCCUCACCUCACUUCCGGUGUCAGUGCGCGCGCGCUCUUGUUGUACAUAGUGCGGAUGUGCUCCGCGACUCUACCCCCUUCCCCUCCCCCCUUGUUUCUGUUUCCCCUCGCCCCCACCACCAUUCCCGAGGAAAAUACUUCACCCGCUAGUUCUACCUGUACUGUUUUCCAAGCCUUCCCUCCAGCGGUCACUGUUUGUCACACGUUGAGUUAUUUAAAAGUGCGCCAGCGAAACGUUGGCAAAGGCGCC